UUGCUGAUGCUGCCGCGCGGUAUUCGUCAUGGAGCUGUUGUCGCCGGUCUGUCCCGGCCCUCGGUGGCCGCUGCUGCUGCUGCUGCUGCCGCCGCCGCUGCUGCUGGGCCUGAGCAUAGGAGCUGUCACUGAUGGUCCCACAGAGGAGGGCAAGGAAGUGUGGGACUACGUGACCGUCCGCCAGGAUGCCCACAUGUUUUGGUGGCUCUAUUAUGCCACCCACCCCUGCAAGAACUUCUCAGAACUGCCCCUGGUCAUGUGGCUGCAGGGUGGUCCAGGUGGUUCCAGCACUGGAUUUGGAAACUUCCAGGAAAUUGGACCUCUUGACACUGAUCUCAAACCACGAAAAACCACCUGGCUCCAGGCUGCCAGUCUCCUCUUUGUGGAUAAUCCUGUGGGCACGGGAUUCAGUUACGUGAACAAGAGCACUGCCUAUGCCAAAGACCUUGCAAUGGUGGCUUCGGACAUGAUGGUCCUGUUGAAAACCUUUUUCGAUUGCCACAAGGAAUUUCAGACGACUCCAUUCUACAUUUUCUCCGAAUCCUAUGGAGGAAAAAUGGCUGCUGGAAUUGGUCUAGAACUUUAUAAGGCUGUUCAGCAAGGGACCAUCAAGUGCAAUUUUUCUGGGGUUGCCUUGGGUGACUCCUGGAUCUCACCCAUUGAUUCAGUGCUGUCCUGGGGACCUUACCUGUACAGCAUGUCUCUUCUGGAUGACAAAGGUCUGGCAGAGGUGUCUAGUGUUGCCGAGGAAGUCCUGGAUGCCAUAAAUAAGGGGUAUUACAAGGAAGCCACACAGCUGUGGCAGAAAGCAGAAAUGGUCAUUGAGAAGAACACGGAUGGGGUGAACUUCUACAACAUCUUAACUAAAGAUUCUCCCAUGUCUUCCAUGGAAUCCAGUCUGGAUUUUAUCCAGAGCCACUUGGAUCGUCUGUGUCAGCGUCAUGUAAGACACCUGCAUGGAGAUGCCUUAAGUCGCCUCAUGAAUGGUCCUAUCAAAAAGAAACUCAAAAUUAUUCCCGAGGAGUUCUCCUGGGGAGCCCAAGCCUCUGAUGUCUUCCUGAACAUGGAGGGGGACUUCAUGAAGCCGGUCAUUAGCAUUGUGGAUGAGUUGCUGGAAGCCGGGGUCAAUGUGACUGUGUAUAACGGCCAGCUCGACCUCAUCGUGGACACCAUGGGUCAGGAGGCAUGGCUGCGGAAGCUGAAGUGGCCAGAACUGCCUAAAUUCAACCAGCUGAGGUGGAAGGCCCUCUACAGUGACCCUAAGUCCUCUGAGACGUCAGCUUUUGUCAAGUCCUACAAGAACCUGGCUUUCUACUGGAUUCUACGAGCUGGCCACAUGGUCCCUUCUGACCAAGGGGACAUGGCUCUGAAGAUGAUGAAGCUGGUCACUCAGCAGGAGUAGGAUUGAAAGUGGGAGAUGAGCUGGCUUGGCCUCAAUGCAGGAGCUGAAUUCACGCCCCUGGAGCUGUGGGAGGCAGCCUUGGUCCUGGAGUCUGACGUUAGGCUGUGCUUGGGACAUCCCUGCCUCAGCCUCAGCAGAGGAUAAAGUGCUGCCCCAGGGCAACUUGGAAAUCAUUCCUGCUUCUGAAGAAAACCUGGGUUCUUACAAAAUGGAUUUGUUUUCAUCGGAAUGAAGUAUUAUAAUAGAUUAACUUUUCCAUAUGACGAAUGAUUUGUACAGAGUGGGAAAUUGAGGUAAACAAAAUAAACACUCAUGUUCUCCUGUCAGGGACAGGCACCAUUACCAAUGUUGCAGGAACCAUAGCAGAUUUUUUUUUUUUUUUGCUAUAUAUAUAUAUAUAUAUAUAUACAUUUUUUUUUUACAAAAAUCGAACUGUCACACCCUGCAUGUUAUUGUACCAUCUGCUUUGUCCACACAUCACUAUGCCCAAGCGCCUUUCAUGUCAAUAAACAUUCUGUGACA